CACCCUUACUGGUAUGCCUGUGUUCUGGGCAUAUUUCACAUGGACAUAUGGCUUAAUGCUGAUGGUUCGAUGAAAACGCACCAUAUUGAAGCUCUCUAUGUUAGAUGGCUAGCCCCAUUGACCGGUCACUGGUCAGGGAUGAAUUGCACUCAACUGCCAAAGGUAGCUUUCAUCAAAGAGGCUGACUCCGAUGCAUUUGGAUUUCUCAAUCCCAGCCAGGUCAUCAGAAGCACACAUUUGAUUCCAGCUUUUGCUUCUGGAUGGGGAACAAGCUCUCUGUGCUAUGGAAAGUCAUUUGCAUGUCAAAAUGAUGGAUUAGACAACUGGGAGGCAUAUUAUGUUGGCAUAUUCGCGGAUCGAGACAUCUUCAUGCAUUACACACACUGUGGAAUCAGACAU